GGUCUCGAAUUAUUUUCGUUACCAGAGGAGGACCAAACUGGUGGGUAAGAAGGCAAAGCCCAAGGUAUCAAGCAGAGCCUAGGAGAGGAAGAACAUUUUUGUGGUGCUCGACAAUUUUUUGAAGAAGAUUUUUUUUGAUAAUUACAAUAUGUAUCAUCCUACUAGAGGUGGCGUUCGCGGUGGGCGAGAUCAAUUUAGUUGGGAUGACGUAAAAGUUGAUAAGCAUCGAGAGAACUUUCUCGGUCACAGCAUCAAGGCCCCUGUUGGAAGAUGGCAAAAAGGAAAAGAUCUACACUGGUAUACUAGGGAUAAAACUUCUUCGAGUGCAGACAUGGAGGCUGCAAAAGAAGAGAUUAAAAGAGUUAAGGAACAGGAGGAGCAAGCCAUGAGGGAGGCUCUUGGCUUAGCUCCUAAACGAUCAAGCCAACCUCAAGGUAGUCGCCUUGAUAAGCAUGAGUUUUCGGAGCUUGUAAAGCGUGGCUCUACUGCUGAGGAUGUUGGUGAGGGGCAUGCUGAUGCAGCGCAUGUUCAUGGUCUGGGGUUCUCAAGAGCAAAUCGCCCAUACAUGGAGUCAAGUUCUCAUCAACCAGCAGUCAAGGAUGUGCUACCUGAAGUGAAAACAGUGGCAAUGCCAUCGUCAUCAACAAUAAAGACUGAUGAAGGGGAAGCAGAGGAUGAAGAUGGUCGAAAGAAAAGGAAGCGUGAAGAAAAAAAACAGGAGAAGCAUGAAAGACGUGAGAAGCGUGAAAGGCAUGAAAAGCAUGAGAGGCGUGAAAAGCAUGAAAAACACCGUUCCUCAGAUGACAGGAGGAAACACAGGAAAGACAAGGAGAGGAGAAGACAUGAUUCGGACUGAAGUAGUUUCCAAAACCACAAAUGCUAUGCAAUGUUCUAUUUGGUGAUAUCUUGUCCCUUCAAAAAAUUGUAUGUAAUUUUACUCAUGCAAAUUUAUGCUGCAUUUAUGUGGGAUAAUUAGGCAAAAGAAAGUCCCUUACAGAUGCUCUUCUGAAGAAAUAGAAAUGGUUUUUAUGAUCAUCUGACCAUCAUAUCCGAACAUGAGGUUGGUGCAAAAUCAGAGGCCUUCGCUCUGUAAUAUACAAGUGUCCUAAUAGCUUUGUAGAAUUUUUGGCAUGCUUUCAAUCUGUAUGAUGGUGAAAAUAUAUUCUGUUUCUAUUCCUUGUUAGCUGGUCAAGGUGUUUUGUAUUUUCUCAGCGAAAUUAGAGUUCCAAUCUUUUUCAGGUAAUCAUAUCAUGAAAAAGACUGAAACGUGGCGUAUUUGCUAAUGAUGUGUCCACGUAGUGGGAUUGCCAAUUACUUGUUUGGUUGAGUUGUGACAAAUUACAUUAUUGUAACGUGUAACCUCUUCCGUCCA